AUGGAGUGAGGACUGGAAAACACAUCCCUGAUUCCCAGCCCGGUUCUCUUUCCUCGCCCGGAAGGGAAGGUACUGUGCUCUGGGAGGACAUACGGAGUCGCAAGUGCUCCCGGCCAGGGACGGGCGUGAAAGGGUGGCUGGUGGCGUGGAGGGAAGAGCAGCCACGCCAGCGCCCGCGAUUUCGAGCUGAAGCCUAAUGUGCCACAGCAAAGAGGACCACACGCUGCUCAGCGCUGACGACUCGCUCCUCCAGACCGCAGCCUCCUUCCUGUUGCAUCUCGGGAGCGGGCGCGGGCCGGGGAGCAGGAAGGGAGGUGUAGUCCACUCUCUCCCCCGCCUUCCCGGCCACCCGCCUCCGAGGCCUCUCGCUUCAUCUUUCCCAGCAAGCCCCGCGCGGGCACUGGCCAGUGAUUGGCUGUGGCAGGAGCAGGCGGUUCGGCCAGCAGCGGUUACCCAGGUUUCCGGUGCCAAGCCGGAGCGGGUGAAGCCGUCUGUACGUCGUCUGUGAGGUUCGUACCGGGGCGGCUAGAGACAAGACACCAUCGGAGGCCCUGCGAGCCUGGAUGCUCCGGGCCGUGAGGGAAAUCACGCUGUUCUUCACCGAGCGUUGCAAACCACAAUGAAGAACCAGGACAAAAAGAAUGGAGCUGCCAGGCAAACAAGCAACACUCUCAACCCUAAAAACAACGCGGGUCAGUCGGACGCAGGAGCCGAGGGAGGCCAGGGGCGGCCCGGCCAGCCGACUCCUGUGCUGGAAGCUGAAGGUCCCAACAGCCCGGCUCCAGGGAGGACUCAGGGAGCACAGGCCAAAACUCCUCAGGCUGGGGCCCUCUGUGAUGUCUCUGAGGAGCUGAGCCGCCAGUUGGAAGACAUCCUAAGUACAUACUGCGUGGACAACAAUCAGGGGGGCCCAGGUGAUGAUGGGGCACAGGGUGAGCCUGCUGAAUCCGAAGAUGCAGAGAAGUCCCGGCCCUAUGCUUCACGGAAUGGGGAGCCUGAGCCAGAGACUCCAGUAGUCAAUGGUGAGAAGGAGACCUCCAAGGGGGAGCCGGGCAUAGAAGAGAUCCGGACAAAUGAGGUUGGAGACCGAGACCACCGAAGGCCACAAGAGAAGAAGAAAGCCAAGGGCUUGGGGAAGGAAAUCACGUUGCUAAUGCAGACCUUGAACACACUGAGUACUCCAGAGGAGAAAUUGGCAGCUCUGUGCAAGAAAUAUGCUGAGCUGCUGGAAGAACACCGGAACUCACAAAAGCAGAUGAAGCUCCUGCAGAAGAAACAGAGUCAGCUGGUGCAGGAAAAGGACCACCUACGGGGCGAGCAUAGCAAGGCCGUCCUGGCUCGCAGCAAGCUGGAAAGCCUGUGCCGGGAGCUGCAGCGCCACAACCGCUCCCUCAAGGAAGAAGGUGUGCAGCGAGCCCGGGAGGAGGAAGAGAAACGCAAAGAGGUGACCUCACACUUUCAGGUCACGCUAAAUGACAUUCAGCUGCAGAUGGAACAACACAAUGAGCGCAAUUCUAAGCUGCGCCAAGAGAACAUGGAGCUAGCAGAGAGGCUGAAGAAACUGAUUGAGCAGUAUGAACUACGGGAGGAGCACAUCGACAAAGUCUUCAAACACAAGGACCUACAGCAGCAACUGGUAGAUGCCAAGCUCCAGCAGGCCCAGGAGAUGCUGAAGGAGGCAGAGGAGAGACACCAGCGGGAGAAAGAUUUUCUCCUCAAAGAGGCAGUGGAAUCCCAGAGGAUGUGUGAACUGAUGAAGCAACAGGAGACCCACCUAAAGCAGCAGCUUGCCCUCUACACUGAGAAGUUUGAGGAGUUCCAGAAUACUCUUUCCAAAAGUAGUGAAGUGUUCACGACAUUUAAACAGGAGAUGGAAAAGAUGACUAAGAAGAUCAAGAAACUGGAAAAAGAAACCACCAUGUACCGCUCCCGGUGGGAGAGCAGCAACAAAGCCCUGCUUGAGAUGGCUGAGGAGAAAACACUCCGGGAUAAAGAACUAGAGGGCCUGCAAGUGAAAAUCCAGCGGCUAGAGAAACUGUGCCGGGCCCUGCAGACAGAGCGCAAUGACCUGAAUAAGAGGGUACAGGACCUGAGUGCUGGUGGCUGGGGCCACCUUCCAGACAGCAGCCCUGAGCAAAGGCCAGGGGCAGCCACUGCCUCUCAGGAGCAAAUUGGUGAGGAGCCUGGGCCUCAGGCACCCAGCUCCCCCAGGGCCACAGAAGGUCUUAGCUGCCCUGAAGCACCAAACACAGAAGCAUCAGGCCAAAGUGGGCCCCAGGAGCCCACCUCUACCACCGCCUAGGUGCCUGGCACUAGGGGGCAUGCUGGGAAGGGAGCAAGCAGCCCAGCCAGGCUUGGCCCAAGCAGAACUCCCACCGCUAAGCAGUCCACUGCUAAGAUCAAGGGUGCUCUGACCUGGCUGGCAUCUGACACUUUGCAGCUUUGGAUUUUAUGGGUCAGUUUUACAUAUAUAUGAUACACGUGCAAGUCAUACAUUUAUAUCUGUAAGGUGUUAAACAGGCUUGCAGUAGAGGUGGGGUUGUGUACAGAUGAGGUCUGUGGCUCUUUCCUGAGCUAAAGAGUCUCACAGAGGAGUUGUCAUCUGUAGCUGGCAGUGAUUUAAGCUUGUUCCUGCCUGAUUUGGAGACUCAUCCUUCCUCCCUUGCCCUUCAAGGCUCAUGGCAAGCAACACACCCAGGCUUUGACUAUGUGUCUAUUAUGAGCUGAGCCUGGGUAGCUCCACCUUUCCUAGCACCCCUGGAAGCUCCUUUACAGUCUUGACCUGGAAAAGAUCCCGGGCGGAACUUUGGCAGGACACCUCAGAAUUUCAGGUGGGACUAUUUUCCUGCCUAGGACAAGGGACCUAGAGAAUGUUUCUGUGGAAUGAUGAACUGGCAGGGAGCCCCUGAGGCACCGCUUCCCCUGCCCUCUGGUAGUGCCAGGAACAGGCCAGUGUUCCUUCUCAGUAGCCUUAUCAUUCACAGGUGCCUCUCUAGCCUGCACAAAUGAUUGACAAGAGAUUAUCCAAAGGAUUCUUUCUGAAAGGUUUCUUUUAUUAUUGUUUUAUUUUUGCACAUGACAGUUUGUUUUGAGGAUCUUCAGAGGAAGGAAGAGAGGGGUGUUGUAAUAGUGGUACCUGGGUUCCUGGCCUCCCAGUGCGCCAUCACCCCACCUGGCACCUUUGCCAUGAAGUUUCCUGUUAGAUGAAAUCAAAUUGUAGUAGGAAAGAGCUUCUGAUGGCUUUGUCACAUCCUGUCUGUGGUUAUAGAUCCUGGGAGGCUACCGCUGAUUCCCAUCACCACCAUCUCCCCCCAGCAGUUGCUAGGACCCAGGCCCAACUAUUCCUUGAUUUAACAAGUCUGUUUCUUCCUGUCCAUCCCCAAGUGUGCAAUUAUUAAGAUUUGCCCUCGUUUUAUUACCCAAGGAAUAAAGAGUGAGGUAUGUCUGUGACAGUUCACUUCCUGUUUGGAAGCCCUCAGCUCUUGAUAACCAAGGGAUAAGAAUGAGACCCGGUAAUUGACUAGGUCCCAGAAAGUCACAAAAUGACUGCAGAUAAUUGAGUCUUUUCUCUUCUCCCUAGUACAUGCUGCUGCGUAUUCUUUGAAAGCUAUAUUGGUUGCAACCUUGUCAGGGCCGUAGUAGUAGUUUUCUGAGAUAGUAGUAUCAUAUCAGGAAACCCCUCUGCUAGGUAUAGGGUUUUAACACCCCAUUUCAAUGUAGCUGAAGGAGCCACAGACAAAGAUGGAUGGGGUGAUUGAGUUCUUGCUGUGUUUCUCUUGCAUUAUUUCAUUGUUUUGUAGACCCCUUCAUCUUUCACAACUAGCCUACUCCUUCAGUCUUUAGCACAGACAAGUUCAAAUACUCCUGAAUCAUGUCACAACUUAGACCAGAGAUGGUAAACUAAAGGCACACCAUCUCCCCUCCCCCAUGGUAGCUACCACUACUGUUUCCCACUAAUCUCUCAUUUGAGGUGUAUCUUUCUGUCCCUACAGCCAGUAUCAAUGUUAUUACCUAUUUGCCAUCCCUGACUAAGAUCCUGUCCUCCUGUAAAGAUGUUUCUUAGGAUCUCUCCUUGCUCUCUAAAAUGACUGUCUGGAAUGAUCCCUGAAUGCGUCCCUCUCUGCUCCAGGUAAGGCUGUGCCUGACUGAGGUGUACCAGAGUUACCACCCUACCCAGGUUCUAAUGGGCUGUGGACGCACAGGGAAGAAGCUGAAGCUUCUGCUUACCCCCUUUAAAGAAAAUGGGGAGUGCCUGCCUCACUUCAGCUACCUCUUAAAGCCCAGUGGGUGGAUGAGGAAGCGGGUGUUAGAGCCCAGUGUGGUGUACAGCAACUGUGUAAAACAGUUUAGCUGCUUGCUGUGGAGCUACACGGAACAAGGUGACACCCCCCCCCCCCCCCAGUGGGUCUCCUAGCAAAGAAAUACAGGCCCAGAGACUGGGGAGAUGUAUAAUGACAAAAAUGCCUGAGAUUCUUGAGGUCUCAGGUUUGGUCCCCAGCAUCACCAUAAGCCAGAACUGAGUACUCUGGGAAAAAUCAAAUGAUUACAGACCCUAGGUAGGGUAGAGCCUUUACACUUAGCUCCAACCAUCUAGGCUUCUAGGCCAGGCUCUAGAUAGGGGCCUCAUUCUUCCUCUUUUUCGCCAUUGACCAAAUCUUAACCAAUCACUACAGCUGCUCUGCUUGUUCUGCUUUCCCAAGUCAACCCAGGAGCCUGGGUCAGAUACAGAGGAGGUGGCCUGUCUAUGAAGGUCAGUGCCUUCCUCACCAGAGCAGGUCUCAUACACAUGACCUCAAUUUUAGGACCAAGAGCUGUGUUGGUGUCUUAGAUUGCUAGCUUUUUCUCCAGGGGACCAUAGUCGUGAGGCUCAGAGUCCAGAGCCCCUGGCUCUGCUGACAGUAAUUUAUGUUUAGGACUGUCCGGCUGAAAGCUUCAUGGACCCCAGAUUCUGAUAGGUCUCAGCAGCACUUUUUGUUAUUUGUUGUUUGUUUUCCAUGAGGUUUUUGGACCAUGGGCUGAGCUCAGGCACUUUCUGUAAGAGGAUGUUAUGUGUACGAUGGUCAUUGCCCCUCCCCCAUCAUGGUGCCCUGCUGAGGGCUGACCAGAAGGCCAGUGGGGAGGGCUGGGCGUGCUGAGCUGAUGUGCAGCUGCUGCCCCAGCCUUCCCAUCAUGCACAGCACAGAGAUGGUCACCCCAGGGACAGCCAGGCACCUGCCUGGGGGAGGGGUGCAACCUUCUCUCCCUAUAACUGCUUCCUUGAUCCAACCUGGCCACUCCCAAGUUUGUUUGAAGCUGUGCUGACAGCUGUGUGUAUUCCCCCCCCCCCCCCCAUUUUGGUAUUCACAUCAGCCAGGGACUUGAUUUUGAUGUAUUUUAAACCACAUUAAAUAAAGUUUGUUGCCUUAAUUCUC